AUGUGCACCCCAUGGACAAUAGCAAGGCUAAUCAGAUGGCGAAUAGGGGAUUGGGCAUCAUGUCUCUUUGCUUGCAAGCUCCCUUCAGAUGACGAACCAGAUACAUUCCAUCCAUCCUUACCUCAUGCACCAAGUGAAACCAGGCUCUCCGAAGCAAAACAAGAUGAGACCAGAAUCUAUGUGAUCAAACCGGGAAGGCUGUCAAAACGCAAGUCCAAAAAACAUACAUUAGUCCCUGUUUCAAUCCCUACUGAAGAUUCUGAACAGACAAAUAAUAAGAAAAGUUCGCACUACCCAACCUUCAAAGAGGAAGACUACAUUGUCUUCUGCUUCAAAGAGGACGGUACCUUCGAAGUUGUUAAGGAAGAGAAAUCAGAAUCAGCUCAUCAUGUCAAAUAUAGGACCGAACCAUCCAGGGCUGUCUUCAACCGAAAGCUUGUUUAUGGGGAAGAUACAGAAACAGAUACAGAAACAGAUACAGAUACAGAUAGCAAAUACGACAAUGAAGAUAUGUCAAAUACGGAUGGAAUUGAUUUUGAUUUUACAAAUGAAAAGUCUUAUACUUUCAAUGAUGAUGAAGAGGGUGAAGAUGAAGAGAGCAUUUAUUUUGAUUCUGAGGCCCCACAUCCAGGGAUCAGAACAGAAGCCCAUGAUGCUGAUUCAGGAACAAAUUCACAAAAAUCAAGCUACUCCACCUCUACUCAGUCGCAGAGCAGCAGCAGUACAGGUUCAUUUGCCUUCCCUGUAUUGCGUUGCGAGUGGAAUGGCAGUCCCAUAAAAAUGCCAAAACCAGAAGGCCUGCAUUUGAGAAAGCAAAAACUACUGCGCAUGGGCCUUCAAUGUUGUAAAUUCUGAAAAUCCAGGAAGUUUUGCGCUCGUGUGCUCUUGUCAUGGCUAGGGCUAAAGGCAACUAUAAUUCCAGGAGAAGCUGCAAAGUCAGGAAUCUGACUGUCACUAUUCUUACUAGAUUGUAUUGUUUGAUGGUCUGUAGUCAAUUACUUAUGUAUGGAUGAUGGACCUCUCCUCCCUCAUGCACUACAUGCAGUGGGCAACAAAAGAAAAUAAUAAUAAUAAUUUAAAACAAGAAACAAAUUAUACCU